GAAGUACGUCUUUUCACAAACAACAAGGACAGAGACAAAUAUGAUACCAUGGCAGACUUAUUUGCUAUAAUUGUCUUAACUGAGCAUCUUGAGAAAGCAUUCAUUCGAGACUCAAUUACUGCAGAAGAAUACACUUCACAAUGUGCAAAUCUCAUUGCAAAGUAUAAAACCACAAUGAAUUUUUUAUCAGAGAGUGUAACUAAUCUUGAGACCUUCAUGGACGAUUACAAGCUAACAUGUCCUGCUGCAGUCAACCGAUUCAAGAUUGGUGUGCCUGCUACGUAUGAGCAUGCGAUUGGAAAUACCAAAAACGAUAUGGGAAAAGCAGCCAAAUACAUUGCCGAGAGUGUUUUGCACUUUAUUACUCUCAUGGACACUCUGAGACUGAAUCGUUAUGCGGUAGACGAACUUCAUCCUAUAUUGGCAGAUCUUAUUCAAUCACUCAACAAUGUUCCUGGUUUACCAGCUGGUUUUGAAGGCAAGACCAAGGUCCGUCAAUGGCUCAUAACAUUGCAUUCAAUGAAAGCAAGUGAUGAAAUAACUGAAGAACAAGCUCGACAGAUGCUGUUUGAAAUGGAGCAAUCACAUACCGAAUUCUAUCGAUUGCUCAGUGGGGAGCAUAAAGAAGAAGAUUCUGGAUAG